AUGGCUAAUAUUGUUAUCAGAGAUAUUGUUGAUAAUGUGUUAAUUGCUAAUAUUUUUAGUAUGAUUGUUGAUGAAACACAAGAUUUAUCAAGGCACGAACAAGUUGCAAUUAUUUUAAGAUAUGUUAAUACUGAUUUUUGCCCAAUUGAAGCUCUCUUAGGAUUUUAUAUAGUUGAGAGUACUGAUGGUUUGACACUUUCUUUACUAAUAAAAAAUGUUCUUAAUUCUAAUGGAUUACAACUUGAGUGUUUAAGAGGACAAUGCUAUGAUGGAGCAGCAUCCAUGCGAGGUGCUUACAAAGGAGUCCAGUCAAGAAUUAAGGAAGAAAAUUCUUUGGCUUCAUAUGUUCACUGCAAUGCACACAUACUUAACUUAUGUCUUGUUGAUCUAUCUAAACAAAUAUCUCAUGUAAGAAAUGUAUUUGGUACUUUAAGUAAUUUACAUAAUUUCAUUAAAGCAUCAUCUAAAAGACAAGCUGUAUUUGACAAUAUGCGUUCAAAGUUAAAUAUGAAAAUGGGUGAUGGGCCAUCUACUUUGAAAAGUCUUAGCGAUACUCGUUGGAGUUGUCGCAUAGAUGCUUUAGAGUCUCUUAUAUUUAAUGACCAAGUUGUGAUUGACUCGUUGGAAAAUAUUUCAGAGAAUGAUUCUAUACAUGGGUCAGAUCAUAUGACCAAAGCAACUAUUCAAGAACUCUCUAAUAUGCGAUGCGAAGAUAGAUUUGAUGUGAUAUGGUGUAAAGCUAAUGUUAUGAGGAUAGAUCAUUAUAAAAUAAACAUAUACUUCCAAAUUCUUGAUACUAUAAUAAGUGAUAUGAAAGAAAGAUUUAAUGAAAAUGACAUUCAUAUUUUGAACUGUAUGCAAGAUAUAAUAGUAAAUGAACCAAUCAAGUUCACUUCAUAUCAAGAUGUUAGUACAAUGUAUGGUUUUAAUGAAAGUGAGCUCAAGUCUGAAACAAAGAUAUUUAACAGGAUGUACAAAAGUCUGAAUACUGAAAAUACUGUCCAAUCUAAUAUAAAAUAUAUGAGGUCAGGUGAUAAUGCUGUUGGGUUUCCGACAUUUGCAAAAUUAUAUAAACCUUUUUUAACUAUACCAUCAAAUUCAGCAGCAUGUGAAAGAAGCUUUUCUUGUCUCCGACGAUUAAAAAACUAUUUAAGAAUUACUAUGGGACAAUCUAGAUUAAAUCAUUUAGGAAUUUUACAAAUAGAACGUGAAAGAUCGUUAAAUAUUAAUAAGGAUGAAGUCAUAAAACAAUUUGACUCAUCUACAAUACCAUGUCGUUUAAAGUUUAAUAAUUUUUAA